AACAGAUAAAAUAAAAGUGAAACAAUAACAGUUCGUUUUGCCACUAUCAAAAGGAAUCAUAAAAUUUUAUAUAAGGCAAAUAAAAAACUCCUUUAAAAAUUUCUUCACCGCCUUCAUCAGUAUCACCACAGUUAUCAGUGACAUGGGCAUCAGCACUGAAUGAAAACAGGAACGAUUUUGAAAAACAGCCAUCACCGGAUUUUAGUAAUGUCGAAAGCUGCAAGAAUUUCAAACCCAGCGACAUGAACAACUCAUGUAUUUUCGAUUUCUCGAGUAUACAGAAUAACAACAUUGUACCACAAGAAUUGGAAUACGAAGACUAUUCGGAAAGUCUUAAUGCGAUCAUCAAGAAGAAAGCUAGUGUUAAAAGGAAACGGUCAACAAGAGGCAACCGUCAACCCUCAAGUGCAGCGAGUCAAAUUAUGGGAUCAGGUAGUGCAGAUGGACGACGAUCAAGUGUAUAUACAACCAGUUCAGCAGAUACUGCAAUCACAUUGGAAGAUUCCAGAGAUGAUCCGUCUCAAGAUAAAAUAUUUGAAAAUAUUCGUCUUCAUAAAGAAGUUCUCCAAUCCGUUAAGCUAGAACCAUGGAGCAUGAAACGAAAACUGAGACUCGUGAAACAGGCAAAAAGCUACAUCGCGCGUCAUGAAGGUGUACUGCAGGAACAUUUUACAUCACGGACAGCUAAAAGUUUACUGACACAGUUCAACAUAUUUCUUGCUACGAAAUGGCGACAAGUUCUACGAGAGCUAACAAAUCUUUCGACAUAUUUGAUUCCAUGGGAGUCCAGAAUAAAAGAGAUCGAAUCACAUUUUGGAUCUGUUGUGGCAUCAUACUUUAUUUUUUUGAGAUGGUUAUUUUGGGUUAACAUCGUCAUUUCGUGUUUGCUAGUCAUAUUCGUAAUGAUGCCAGAGGAAAUCUACGUCGAUUCUGAGAAAGCGAAAUGCGACAUCAGAAAAACAAUGUCGCGACAAGAGCAUGAAAUUACAUCAAAUUUUAGCACAAUAUGGGAAUUUGAAGGUCGUUUAAAAUAUUCUUCACUAUUCUAUGGUUACUAUUCUACAUUUUCUGGCGCUAUAGCUUGGGGCUAUAAUUUACCUCUUGCAUAUUUUUUGACUGGAUUGAUAGUAUACAUCUACAGUUUUGUUGCCACAUUGAAAAAGAUGGCACGAAAUUCGAGAAUGUCAAAGCUUUCAUCAAAAGACGACGAGUACGUGUUUUCAUGGAAAUUAUUCACUGGUUGGGACUAUAUGAUAGGUCAUACAGAGACCUCCCAUAACCGCACGGCUUCAAUAAUAUUGGGUUUCAAAGAAGCAUUGCUUGAGGAAGCUGAGAAAAGAAAAGAUACACGAAAUUGGCGAAUCAUAUUGUUACGUAUAUCGGUAAAUUUACUGAUACUGGUUUUGCUGGCAAUAUCAGCAUUCGCUGUUAUAAGAGUUGUCAAACGUUCUAUGGAUAUAAAGGAAUCGGACUCAUGGUGGACAAGGAACGAAAUUACGGUCGUAAUGUCAUUGAUAACGUUCUUCUUUCCAAUGGUAUUCGAAGCGCUUGGAUUACUGGAAUACUACCAUCCUAGGAAACAACUGAGGAUUCAAUUAGCUAGGAUAAUGGUAUUGAAUCUUCUUAAUUUGUAUUCAUUAAUUUUCGCUCUCUUCGAUAAAAUCGAUCACAUGACAGAAGAAUUGAGAAAGAUGAGGCCUUCCAACUUUAACUCAGCUAAUCAAUGUUUUAUAUCCAAUGGAAUAUACACAUUCGAAGAUCAUACAAUGUCAUCCAGCGCAUUGAUUGAUAACGCAGUUACGCUACCAUUAUAUCAAGAUCCAUUUUUAAAUAUCACCGGCGAUUGCUACAGAAUUAUUAUAAAUUGUAACACAAGAAAAAAGCUUAGUACAGCCGUGUUUACGGCAUUACUUUUGACGAAUAUAUCAACCACUAUUCAACCUGAGAAUGGCAAUUCAAUCAGUAGUGAUUUAGUAACAGAUCUAAUAACAACUUUAUACCAAGUGUUCGAACAUAACGGUACUUUUCAUGAAACAUCAACUGAAUUACCUAUGAAAAACGCUAACGAAGAGUAUGAUUUCACUUACGAUGAAGACGAUGCUGCUUAUUAUUUGGAACAACGAAUGAAGAAUUUACCAAAUGAUCAAUUCGAUGGAAUUCAUAUAAACAAAAGAGACGUAAAUAUAACAUUCAUAUAUGAACAAAUAAAUACGACGAAUAUUCAGUCCACUAUUUUUGAGUUGACAACACAACCUCUUCAGACUACGGAAUAUAAUGAAAAAAACCACGAACUUCAGACUGUUUCAAAUACUGACAAAUAUGGAGAGUUGUUAGAAUCAUAUAACGGUCAGAAGGAACGAAAUGAAGACAAUUCUAUCUGCUACAAGUGGAUUUGUAAAAACGAUAGUUCGUCAUCAACAAAAUACAGUGAUUCAAUCGAAGACACCACCACGUCAGCCUCGAAAAUAUCCAAAGAGACCAUCCCUGAAACUUCCACAGAACUCAUACGAAAUGUUGUUCCGGAUAAAUCACACAGAGCUGCAUCAGAAAGUAAAUUCAAAAAUGCGGACAUUCGAACACUAUGUUGGGAAACUAUGUUUGGGCAGGAGCUGGCAAAGCUAACCGUUAUGGAUUUGAUCGUGACGAUAUUUUCUACUAUUAUUCUUGACUUUAUGAGGGCCUUAUUCGUUCGAUAUAUGAAUAAUUAUUGGUGUUGGGAUCUUGAAAAAAAUUAUCCUAAGUAUGGUGAUUUCAAGAUCGCAGAAAACAUUCUUCAUUUGGUGAAUAAUCAAGGGAUGGUAUGGAUGGGCAUGUUUUUUUCUCCAGGUCUUGCAGUGGUCAACAUCUUCAAGCUGAUAAUAAUUAUGUAUCUCCGUUCAUGGACCGUUCUAACUUGUAAUGUGCCACAUGAAGUUGUUUUUCGAGCAUCACGAUCCAACAAUUUUUACUAUGCUUUACUUCUGAUAAUGCUGUUCUUGUGUGUCCUUCCGGUCAGUUACGCAAUAGUGUUUCUAGAACCGUCUUGGCAUUGCGGACCGUUUUCACAAUCUAACCGAAUUUAUCAUCUUUUAACCAAUGCAACAGAUAAAAUAAUUCCAGAUGCUAUCACGAAAUAUAUCGUGUCCCCAGCUGCAAUUAUUCCAUUAUUAGUGUUACUGAUUCUAAUAAUUUAUUAUCUCAUUUCAUUAACUGGAUCCCUGCGGGAAGCUAAUCAAGAUCUGAAGAUACAAUUAAGAAAAGAACGUACGGAAGAAAGACGCAAAAUGUUUAAAAUUGCUUCGAAUCAACAUAGUCAACAGAAGGAAGCAGUUAAUGGAUUAUCUAGCUCCUGGCAUAAGGUGCUGAAUUCGACACAUAUGAGAAUUAAUUCUAUUACUAGUGCAACAAGUGAAAAUAGUGAGAAUUGUAACACGAGUUAUAAGCAGAAAGAAUUGUUACAGCGAAUGAUGGAGAAAACAUUAAACAAGCAGCAACGCAAUGAGAAUAAACAGAUACCAGAUCGAGCAAACAUUGACGAAGCACCUCAUAAAGAGCAUGCAAACAUGUAUCACGAAACGAAAGAAACUGUGAAAGUCGAACCUGGUUCGAAUUUAAGCAAAAUCGAUGAAAAUGACAAAAAAAUAGUUUGUGCUCUUAAUGAAAAUUCGUUUUACGAGAGAACAAAUAAACAUAACACAUCUUAUUGGGUGGAAAAUAUCCCUGUAAUCACCAUAAGUAAAAGCUCUAGCGAUGAAUGUGUCAUUGACUCAGACAUUGAUGACUCGAAUGAAAAUACUACAGCUUGUAAUUAACUUACACAUAUAAUCGGGUAUCCAAUAGUCAUCAAUGAUUCAUCACAUAAAUAGGU